UCCUUCGCAGAUACGCGAUGGAUGGUCCCGACAUGUUGCAAAAUGCAGCAGAUAUGGAAACAUCCAUUACAAAAUCUGUCGCGAAGCUUAAGAAAUCAACGAUAUUGAAGCCGCACCCAGAAUCUUGCUCUACAGCUAUUACUCAAGAAAAGUUGGAUAAAUGGCGUAAAAAUUUCUACGAAGAACCAAAAAAUGUAUUGGCCCAGAAUGUGUGUUCACGUUUCGAUCCAUUCGAUGUUUGCUUAUCGCGCAAAACUAUAGAAAGCAUCAAUCAUGUGUUCACCUAUAAGGUUGAGAUGGAAGGCAAACCAGUUACAAAUCAGAAAAAUUCUGGCAGAUGUUGGUUAUUUGCAGCGUUAAAUUGCAUACGUUUACCGUUUAUGAAGGAAUACAAUUUGGAUGAGUUUGAGUUUUCACAAUCUUACCUCUUUUAUUGGGACAAAAUUGAAAGAUGCAAUUACUUUUUGAACAACAUUGUCAAUACUUCGAGACGUGGCGAGAAAGUCGAUGGCCGUUUGGUUUCAUUCUUAUUAACCGAUCCCACCUCGGAUGGUGGCCAAUGGGAUAUGUUGGUCAAUUUAAUAACAAAACAUGGCUUGAUGCCAAAGAAAUCUUUUCCGGAAAGUUUUACUUCCGAAGCCAGCCAACAUAUGAAUGCGGUUUUAAGAAGCAAGCUACGUGAGUAUGCCAAAGUUUUGCGCAAUCUUAUGGACACUAAUCCGAGCGACGAGGAGAUAAAUGAUAAAAUUAACAAUAUUAUGGCAGAAAUCUACAAAGUCGUUGGCAUCUGUUUGGGCAUACCUGCCGAGAAAUUCACUUGGGAAUAUUAUGAUAAAGCCAAAGCUUAUCAUUCAGUUGGUCCUAUAAAACCAGUAGAGUUUUAUAAUACUAUGGUGAAACCCAUCUUCAACGUCGAGGAUAAAGUCUGCUUGGUUACGGAUCCUAGAAUUUCGAAUCCUUAUAGUCAAGCGUAUACUGUGGAUUGUUUGGGUAACGUAAUUGGUGGGCGUCCUGUGCUAUAUAAUAACCAACCGGUGGAAUUAUUAUUAAACAUGGUGACUGCUAGUCUUAAGUCUGGGGAGGCAGUAUGGUUCGGUUGUGAAGUGAGCAAACGAUUUGCCCCCAAGCAAGGCAUAGAGGAUUUAAAUAUACAUGAUUUUAAACUGGUUUUCGAUGUAGACAUUCAAAAAACACUCUGCAAAGCCGAUCGUCUUAUUUAUGGUGAAUCUUCCAUGACUCACGCAAUGUUAUUUACGGCGGUUUCACUAGACGAAAAUGGAUCCCCGAAGAAGUUGCGAGUGGAAAAUUCUUGGGGUGAGGAACGAGGUGAAAAGGGCUACUUAGUUAUGACGGCUGACUGGUUCAAAGAUUUCGGAUUUGAAGUAGUUGUUGACAAAAAAUUUGUGCCCGAAGACGUAAUGCGUGUAUUUGAAAUGGAUCCCAUUGUAUUACCGGCCUGGGAUCCUAUGGGCACGUUGGCACAGUAGAUCAUGAAUACCGUCUCAUCUCUUUUGCGACUUUUUUUACAUGUAUGAUCACAUCAGUGUUUUAACUUCUACUUUUUUUUUUUUUUUUUUUUUUUUUUGUUUUUCUUUUUGUAAUUAAUGUAAUUAACAAACUUAUGGAAAUCAUUCACUUUAGUUUGUAACCCAUAAAAUUUUCGUGUGCACGCCUUGGUUGUACGUAUGUACAUUUAUACAUUCAUACGUAUACGUGUAACGUUAUGCAUUCGCUGUAAAACAUAAAUAAUUUAAAAUAUCGCUAAAGGAAUAAAAGAACGUGCACAUGCAAAGGACGCAAUAUCCUUAAAGAUUUGGACUAGUGAACCUAGCAACCAAGAAAACAAAAUUAUGUAUUCUUCCCCUUUUUGUUUGACAAUAUUAACGAAAUGUUUUUCCUUUUUUUUAUUAUCUUGAUUUCAAAUAUAUAACCCAACUAUAAAGA